UCCGCCUGUCUCUGCCUCCCAAGUGCUGGGAUUAAAGGCGUGCGCGUCCACCGCCUGGCUCUAGAGAUACAUUUUAACCUCCAGUUCUUGGGGUCCCAGGGGCAGCUCUUUGGGAGCCCAGGGAUAAGACAAUGGCAUUGUUCUAGAUCAGUCUAGAACCUCCUAAAAGAAGGGCGAGAAUCCAAACAUCAGAGAAUUCUGAAUCUUCCCUGGUCUGAGGGGUCCAACUCCUACCCGCUGCUACCAGGCCUAAUGUGGGCACUGGCUGUCGGUGGGGUUUUCUUGGCUGUGGCCAAGGCUUGUAUCUUUUGUCGUCUCCCAGAUCAUGCCUUGCCAAGCCGACUGGCUCAGCUCAAUAGCCAGAUAAAGCCACAGUGGAAGGAAUGGGCUUCCCCUGAUUUCUCAGCCUUUGCCUUAGAUGAGGUGUCCAUGAACCAAAUCACAGAGAAAACUCACCGAGUCCUGAGAGUCAUAGAGAUAAAAAGAUCCAUCUUCUUGCUUCCAUCAUAUUGGCAAUGGCUUCAGAAGACCAAGAUCCCCCAGUACACCAGGGAAGAUCUCUGUGCUCCUAUCUGCCGGGGCAGCACCAUCCUGUACAACUGCUCCACCUGCGAGGGCAAGGAGGAGUCUUGUUGGCCCCAAAAGCGCUGCUUCCCAGGUAGUCACGAUCUGUGGGACGCUAGGAUUCUGCUUCUAUGUAUCUUCGGAAUUGUCCUGCUUUUGGGUGCUCUGAGCCUCCGAGUGGAGUACCUGCAGCUGCAAGCAAAGGACUUGUGACUGACGUCGACAGCUUUCCCAGUUCCCUCCGCCCCCCCCCCCCCCCCAACAAAUUUGUGCCCACAAUUUCCGCAUCCAUUAGGGUGGGAACCAGCCACUUUUUAGACCCAGCCCCAAAGCCUGUUUUUCAGACCCUAAACCUCAGACUUCUGCUAUCAAUAUCCGUGUCGAACGGCCUCCAGGAACCCAAGCACCCAAAGCUGAAAAGUCCCUCCCCUUCUGUGUUCCACCAAUCAAACCGAGCAGUGGAUGAUGCCAGGAAAUUAUCUACAGAAGGAAAGAAUCCCUUACCAUCACCACUCCCACAUCCCCUCUGUCCAUUCCCGGAAAGCGGGGGACUGUUGGCCUGUAGAUGUUGCUCUAGGCCCUCCAAUGACUGAUCCCGAAUCCGGGAAUGAGGGUUCUGGAAAACUCUCUCUGUCUGGGGUGAGACCACAUCAGUCAACCCGCUGGCAUACAGUCCCUCCAUUGUAUUAAUAGUGUGCAGCCUGGGCUUCCCCCUCCUACUGGGCCUGUGUAAAUCUGCUGUGGGAUGUUUUCCCAUCCCUGCCUGGCUCUAUCAGCAACUUGGGCAGGCAGAUGGGAUGGGGAUUCUUAGGAAUUCUAGUUAGGGGUGCCCCCCCCCCCCAAUAUAUAUUUAGCAAUGUCUGGA